AUGUCGCCUAGCAAGCUGGGUCUUUUUGCGAGCCUGGCGCUGGCCGCCAAUGCCGUGCUCAUCCCGCCUUCGAUGACGGCAGCUGAGCCCGGGGACGGCAACGCGCUGGAAACGCUCGCAAUCAACCCAUUCAAGCAAACUCUUGCUGUUGAAUGCCCUGGAUGCGCCGUUGCCACUUUGGACGGCGAGACUCUGGAGUGGAAGAAGGAUGAGGGCAAUGCAUUCGUGAGUGGAACUCUCCCCGGCGGCCCACUAGCCGCAGGUUACCGGGUGCGCGACGUGCGCAUAUCUGGACCUCACCACCAACAAGAAAUACUCCAUGUUCACGGACAAGCUGUGCUAAUACUACAUCAGCUCCUUGACUUCGAAAUUGGCCCUCUUGAGGAUGCGCUCGAGAUUGAUGGCGUUCAGCUCUACCCUCCAACCUUUGCCAUCGCCUCGCAGCCGUUCUACAUCACGCAGAUCAACACCAAGUCUGAGAAUGCCCUGCGUCUUCGAGUCACUGGAUACACGUUCCACUUCACCACCGCCGAGACAGUUUCCGAGGCGGGACUUGAGCUGCUACCCAUGACGUUCCAGAUCACAUCGAUUGAAUCCGUGCCCAUGGACCCGCCAUCUAUCACCGUUAACUUGCUGAAGGAUCCUACCGGCCGACUCAUGAUUGCCUCGUUCGACGCUAUGAAGACCAUCGAAGCUACCCCCGUCGAGCAGGAGAAGGAGUGCAAGCAGUGGCCACUUUUAUGCAAGAUGAGGGGUGCUAUGGCCGAUCGCAUUGAGAAGCUGAAGCACAUGGGCAAAGGACGACCUGGCUGUCACAAGCGACCACACGGCAUGCACCGCCCCAACGGCCACCACAACCCGAUGGCGGAGGAGACGCUCGAGGGCAAGCCGCCCCACAGGUUCCGCCCUGGCGGACACCACCGUCGUCCCCAUCACAUGGAGCACAACGGUCAUGACCACCACCAUGGCCAUCACCAUGGCCAUCACCAUGGCCACCACCACGGCAUACAAAUGUUCCUCCGCCGCGCCUUCUUCACGAUCCUCGUUCCCGUUCUUAUCGGCAUCUUCGCUGGUACGCUCACCUACCUCAUCGGCAUGGCUCUCGGUUGCCUCAUUGCAGUCAGCAUUGCCAAGUUCCGUGGCCAGAGCUACCAGCCGAUUGCACUUGAGGACGAUUUUGAGGAGGCGAACGGCGAGGUUCGCAGCGAGAAGCAGGAGUACGUCGAGUUGCCUGCAUACGAGGCUCCACCUGUCUACCAGGACGCCGCCGAGAAGGAGGUAGUCGAUGAGACGAAGUGA